AUGGACGAUUCUUCGGCCUCAUAUCCAAAACAUCCUCGGAGUGCAGUCAAUCGAUAUAGAAAACGAGCGGCGUAUGACUAUGAGACAAUCCACCGGAUCGUCAACAGCGUACCAGUCGUCCACUGUUCCUUCCCCGCAUCCCUAGAACCGGACUCCGACCCAUUCCCCGCCAUCCUCCCGCUAAUCGGCGUCAUGGCUUCAUACUCCUCUCCCGAGUCUAUCAAACUCGACGAACCACUCGACCUGUACCUGCACGGCUACGUCAGUUCACGCUUCAAUCGUUUCGUGAGAAAGACCGGUGCUGAGGGCGACGAAGACGACAUCGAAAAUGGUCUACCCAUCUCCAUCGCCGCGACCCAAGUACACGGUGUUAUCCUCAGUCUAGCACCAAACGGUCAUAGCUACAAUUAUUCGUCCGCCGUUCUACAAGGUUAUGCCACGCCGGUGACAGACGAGGCUGAAAAGCUUUGGGCAGUGGAAGUCAUUUUGAACUCCGUCGUGCCUAAUCGCUGGUCCAACACUCGCUUUCCACCCGUCAAGGCCGAGAUGACUGCGACGCAGAUAGUGAAGGUGAAGAUCGUGAGCGCUAGCGCGAAACUGAGGAGGGGAGGGCCGCACAACGAGAAAAGGGAUUUGAGUGACGAGGAGACGAGGGCGAAGUUUUGGACGGGCACACUCCCGGUGUGGCAAAUGAUUGGGAGCCCGGUUCCCGGAGAUGAAAACAUGCUUGAGGAGGUGCCGGAUCAUCUCACUGGAUACGUGAAGAGUGCGAAUGAGAGGGCAGAGAUGGAGGCCAUGGACGCCAUGAAGGAACCUAGCUCAUAG